UGAGAGCAGAAAACUUUGAUAAUGUAGAGUAUAUAGAGAUAUUUAAACCAGUUUGGCCAGUAGAAACAUUACAUACAUCUUUUGGCUUAUUAAAUUUUAACUUUAAUCCUUAAAAAGAGGAGAAAAAGAAUCAAUCUCUGACUUUACCUUACUAAAUCUAAAUGUUCAUCUUAAAAAUAGCGUAUAAAAUGGACAGAAUGGUCGAUUACAUGAAAACCAAACUGGCGAAAGAAUACCAGACUGCAGAUAAAGACCAUGACGAUAACCUGACCAUUGACGAACUCGAAGCUUACAUGAAUAACAUUAACAACGGAAACAAGACCUAUGACUCUACUAAAAUCCGAGAACUUCACCACCAAAUCGACGAAAAUAAUAAUGGAAAAGUCACCCUUGAUGAGUUCUGUACUGCCUUUGCUAGGAAAGUCGAGACUUAUGAGCUCCAAAUCUUGGAAAGUAAGAGACUUUCAGCUGAGAUUCGGUACAAUAUCGAGGACAUUAAUAAUUUAAAGCAAGAUGUGGCUAGAACAGAGACUAUCAACCAGUUCGGAAUCAUGGACGGAAGUAUACUGAUCGUUACAAUCGUCUCCGCCAGAGACCUGAGAAAGAUAGAAUUUGGAAGAGCCGUAGACCCUUUUGUAGUACUCCAAUGUGAAGGACAGAGAAUCGAGAGUAAUUUUAUUAGGAAUAACUACAAUCCUGUCUGGAAUGAGAAGUUUACGUUUGAUAUUAAAAGAGGAGAUGAUCCGUUAAAAAUAUCUGUCUAUGAUAGAGGAACACUGGCAAACUCCUUUAUUGGAAAAUAUAUGCUCAACCUUGAUACUUUACCAAGCCAAGAUGAGAUAGAGCAAGAGGUUGAUCUUCAUGAAGAGAAUUAUGACAGUGGAGUCAUCAAAGGCAGAAUGACCUUCAAAGUCCAGUUUAUUUACUCAAGAUUAGCGCUUAUGGGUGAUGAAGUCAGGGAACUCCAGAUUCAUAAAAGAGAAAUUGAUAACAUCAGGAGAGCUCAUGAAAGAGAGUUAAACAUGAUCCAAAGUCCAUUUGCAGUCCUCUUCAAAGAUGCACAAGCAGGAAUGAGGGACGAAGAUGACCCUGAAAUACUUCUAUCGAUCUAUCAAGCUCAUCCAAAAGAAAUGGACGCUUCUAAAGCCUUAGACGGAGCAAUAAAGCCAGCUGUUGAGAAAGCUUCCUUCGGUGAGUACUUCUGGCAGUUUCUGUUUGUGGUUGCUUACUUAACAUUCUUCUUGCUAACCAUGUCUCUAUGCUUCUACAAGGCUGAAUUCAUUAACGUGGUGAUAUGCUGAUUUGCCUUUUACUUGCUUCCAAGUGUUGUCCUUAGAAUCGACAUGAAUUCUCCUCGCGACAAGAAGAAAGUUAUUCGUGUAUGUGUGUUCUUACUAUUCGUGUCAAUUCUUUGGGACAUUAUCUGGCUCAUAAUCCACUGGAGUCCUUGGUGGGGCCAGCAAAGGUAUGAUGGGGACUGAGAACUCAACAUCAGGAGGUACUCCUUGAUCGGCACUAUAAUAUCUCUUGUUCUUCGUCUCUUUAUUUUCAUAAUCUUUUGGAGGACAAGUCUUGACUACUUCAAAUUCAUGGAAGUCAGCAUGCUCAGUGGAAUUAAAAUCGAGAAGGAAAAGAUGGUCUUUUUGAGGGAAUAAGGCAUUCUUCAAGAUUUUUAGCAAUUUUGAUCACCU